AUGGUCAGUGAAGAGAUGCAGCAACAUAGUGUGAUUUCUCGACAAUGUUUUCAGUUUUCGUGUCCAGUUAGGACUAUGGAAGAAACUUUUCCCACCUUUCAAGUGCUAACCCCGCACAUGCUGGCGGAAAAAAACAGGAAAACUAUGAGGAUGUCCAAUGAGAAUAAGAUAUUGUUUGUUGCUGUUACUCACUGGCGGCCUGCCCCAAAAUCUACAUUAGUUGGAGCAAUACGCGAAUGGAAGAUGCUUUUUAUUUAUUUAUUCACAUACACCAAUGGUGCACCAGAAAAGAAAGAUAAAAAAAUGGAACACACUUUGUCUGAGUCAGAGAAUAUAUUAUCGAAAAAUCAGGGUUCGGACAGCCAAAUUAGCCCGAGACAUAAGGAAUACGUUGGAACUAGAGACGAAUCUGACGGGGGACCUCAAGCAGGAGAGUUCACCAACUUUCGUGAUCCUCAAAAGACUGACUACCACAAUCUAGACAAGCGGCAGUCAAGACCAAACCUACCAAAAGAUGAGAAGCUCAACAAGAGGAGGUUAUUCAGAAAUGAUUUAGAAAGGAGGUAA